AUGGAGAAAAUAACUUCUUUAGAACAAGCUCAGGCUGUUAUAUCAGCUUUACAGCAACAGGUAAUAGAUGUUGAUACUAUAGGAAAAGAAUAUGAGCUACAGCUAGAACAAACAGUUGAAGUCCUGAAACAGGAAAUGGAAUUAAUGAAACAACAACAUAAUGAUGAAAUUACCAAGCUAGAGAUUCAAGCUGAUGAACUACAAGAACAAAAUAGGCAAUGGGAAUCUAAGUGCUUAAAUUUACAAGAGGAAAAUAGGUCGCUGUUGCAGGACAAGCUUAUUCUACAAUGUGAGUUAGAGCAAGUACAAGAAGAAGUCGCAAGGUUAAAAAUGGAUGUAAACUAUGAGGUUAUGGAUGUAUCGUUAUGCAGAGAUGAAAAUAUGAAUUCUAUGAGCCCGGAAGCAACAAGCGAACAUGAUACUGCAGUUUCGAUAUCUAAAUUACUGUCGUUAAAAGAAUAUGCUAAAGGCAGCAGUGAGCUGGUUGGAAAUCUGCCGAAUCGAUCUAUAUUUCCUAUUUUGCAGCCUAUUAGAGUUAUGUUCAGAGGUCCUUCUUUGUUUUUGCAGUCAAUGAUCACGAAAGACACUAAAACGACUCCAAGCCUGAGCCAAACAACAGUAGUUGCUUCUACAUCAGUACCAGCCGCUACAAGCCGAUAG